ACGUAGCCCCGCGAGCGGAAGUGGGCCGGCGCGACGCGGCGACGCGCGCCUCGGAGGGUGGCGCCGGGGCCCCUUAUGCUGCGGCGCCCGCUGGCGGGGCUGGCGGGGCUGGCGGGGCUGGCGGCGGCCGCCCUGGACCGCACCUUCGUGCACGGGAUGUCAGGACCAAGGCCUGUUGUCCUGAGUGGACCUUCUGGGGCCGGAAAGAGCACCCUGCUCAAGAGACUUCUGCAGGAGCACAACAGCAUCUUCGGAUUCAGCGUGUCCCACACCACGAGGGACCCGAGGCCCGGAGAGGAGAAUGGCAAAGAUUACUACUUUGUGACCAGGGAGGUGAUGCAGCGGGACAUUGCUGCCGGGGACUUCAUCGAGCACGCCGAGUUCUCGGGGAACCUGUACGGGACUAGCAAAGCGGCUGUGCGAGUGGUGCAGGCCAUGAACCGGAUCUGCGUGCUGGAUGUGGACCUCCAGGGCGUGCGGAACUUAAAGAAGACCGACCUGCGGCCCAUCUACAUCUUCGUGCAGCCACCCUCGCUGGAAGUCCUGGCACCUCAGGAACAGAGGUUGCGGCAGCGGAACACAGAGACAGAGGAGAGCCUGGCCAAGCGGUUACUCGCUGCCCAGGCCGACAUGGAAAGCAGCAAGGAGCCCGGUCUGUUUGACCUGAUCAUUGUCAACGACAACCUAGACAAGGCCUACUGGAGCCUGAAGGAGGCACUCUCGGAGGAAAUCAAGAAGGCCCAAGGGACUGGCUGCUCCUGAGGAUGCCCACGCUGUGUCCUCCCUGGACAGGACCCUGAACCCACCCCAGUGGCCAGGGUGCCCCUGACAAGGUUGGCUCUGCCAGCCUUCUUCUGGGUGCCCCAGAUCAGUCCCACUCUCCUGUGGGACCUGGACCCACAUCCUAAUAAAGAGCUGCUAGUUAAGAGUGUC